AUGGCAUCCGGUUGGGGAAUCACAGGGAACAAAGGGCGCUGCUACGAUUUCUGGGUCGACUUCAGCGAGUGCAUGUCUCGCUGCCGUCAGCCCAAGGACUGUGUUCUUCUUCGCGAAGACUACCUCGAGUGUCUUCACCACUCCAAAGAGUUUCAACGAAGAAACCGAAUUUACAAGGAGGAGCAGCGUAAAAUAAGGGCAGCUGCACGGGCCAAAGAGGGUGGAGAGGUUGAUAAGCAUCACCAUCCAUAG